CAUUAGGAGGAUCAAACUGGCAUCUUAUCAUUAAUAACUAUGCGAUUAUUAUUAUUAACUGUUUUAAUACAUUUUGCAAAAUGUGAAAUGUAAUGUGCUAUGGUUCCCGCAGUUCCCGCAGGUAAAGGCUAGGCUACUUAAAGGCUGCUGAAUCUAUUUAAUUAAUGAAGAGGUUUUUUUAUCGUAUUUGUGUUGGCAGUUCCUUUGUGUUGGCCUGAGCAUGAGAAUUAAAAUACAGCGCCUGUCUGGUAGCUGGUAUAGGCGCACUGAUAAAGGACUACCCAUUGCAGUUUCGCAUAGGCAUUUCAAUUGGCUUUCCAGUAGAGAACAGCUAGCGACAACUGCACCGUAGAACACACCCCAGUCCGGUAAUGCCUCCUCCCGAUAAGGAGUUUCAGUCCUCCCCGUCUGCAUCUCCGUGACUUUCACGAUGGUGCAAAAAUCCUCCAACGGCGGAGUUUAUCCGCCCGAAGGCGGGGAGAAAAAAGUAGGUUUUGUUGGACUGGACCCAGGCGCAGCCGAGACCAGCAGAGACGGAGCGCUCCUCAUAGCGGGUUCGGAAACCACCAAGCGGGCCAAAAUAUUAUGCCGACCGAGAUCAGGGGGAAGAAAAGCCAAUAAGAGAAAUGCCGGCUAUAACAAACUACAGAGUUUCCUCUACAAUGCUCUGGAGAGACCGAGAGGCUGGGCGUUCAUAUACCACGCUUAUGUCUUCGUGUUGGUGUUCUCCUGUCUCCUGCUCUCUGUGUUCGCUACAAUCAAAGAAUAUAAGAAGAGUUCAGAGAGUGCCUUGUACAUUCUGGAACUCGUGACCAUCGUGGUGUUUGGUGUGGAGUACAUUAUCAGGAUUUGGGCGGCAGGCUGCUGCUGUCGCUACAGAGGAUGGAGAGGCAGGCUGAAGUUUGCCCGCAAGCCCUUCUGUGUAAUCGACAUGAUGGUGCUGAUUGCGUCAGUGUCAGUGCUGGCAGCUGGCUCCCAGGGGAAUGUUUUUGCCACCUCUGCCAUCAGGAGUCUGCGCUUUUUGCAGAUCCUGCGCAUGUUGCGGAUGGACCGCCGUGGCGGCACCUGGAAACUUCUGGGAUCUGUGGUCUAUGCCCACAGUAAGGAGCUAAUUACAGCCUGGUACAUUGGCUUCCUGUGUCUCAUCCUGGCCUCCUUCCUGGUGUACUCCGUGGAGAAGGAUGAAAACGAGAUGUUUGAAACAUAUGCUGAUGCGCUGUGGUGGGGCCUGAUCACCUUGACAACAAUAGGCUAUGGUGAUACGUUUCCCAUCACAUGGAACGGGCGACUCAUCGCUGCAGCCUUCAGCAUGAUUGGGGUGGCUUUCUUCGCACUUCCUGCAGGUAUUCUGGGCUCUGGCUUUGCCCUGAAGGUACAGGAGCAACACAGACAGAAGCAUUUUGAGAAACGUCGAAAUCCAGCCGCAGGACUUAUUCAGAAUGCCUGGAGAUUUCAUGCCACUAAUUUAUAUCGAACAGACCUAUAUGCAACAUGGGACUUCUAUGAGCAGAAUGUAUCGGUUCCAAUGUACAGGCUCAUCCCUCCGAUCAAUCAGCUGGACCUGCUGCGAAGCCUGACCGGAAAGUCUGCCUUCAGGAAAGACAGCCAGCCUGCAGAAUCUUCUCCAAGCCGUAAGGCCAGCAUUAAAGAGAAAGUGUUUCAGAGUCCCUCCAAACAUGUGAGCAGCAAAGAGGGCAAGACCCCUGGUGCAACAGAAGGGGUGGACGACAGCCCCAGAAAAGUAGCCGAUCGCGCCAAACAAGCCUUCCGCAUCAAGGGCGCGGGCUCUCGUCAGAACUCUGAAGUUUUGAUUGAGCUGCAGGACGAAGACUUUGGAUUGAAGAGUUCCCCAGCCAUUGAAGGUUUAAUAAAGGCAUGUCUUCCCGGGGAAGAGGACAUGGAGUAUGGAAUGCAGGAGUUACCGAUGGAAGUGAAGGUGACCAUCCGAGCAAUCUGUAUUAUGCGCUUCAUGUUGUCAAAGAAGAGAUUUAAGGAGAGCCAGCGGCCGUAUGAUGUGAUGGAUGUGAUUGAGCAGUACUCUGCUGGACACCUUGACAUGCUCUCCCGCAUCAAGAGCCUUCAGUCCAGAGUUGAUCAGAUAAUUGGUAAGGGUGCUCCAGCAGGAGAGAAGGAGAAGGAGAAGCCAAAGACACCAGGGGAGGUUGAGACCCCUGACGACCCCAGCAUGAUGGGCCGCAUGGGCAGGAUGGAGAAGCAGGUCGUUACCAUGGACAAGAAGCUGGACUUCUUGGUGCAUGUGUACAUGCAACGCAUGGGUAUCCCGCGCUCCGAGACUGAGGCCUUGCUCGGCUUCAAAAUGGCAGACCCUGCCCCCCCUUACCACAGCCCAGAAGAGAAGAGCGUGAAGGAGGAUGAGGAAAGGGAGAAUGUGAUUAAGGUCUAUUCAGGAGCGGAGCCACCUCCCCUGGGCAGCAGCACGCCCUGCGAGGCCCGGCACCAGACUUCAGCGCAGUGGAGCAGGCAGUCCCCGCCACAGCAGACGUCACCGCUGCCCGAGGACGAGCCUCUCUGCGUGCCCCGCUGGAACAGCAGCCGAGGGGUGUCCCCCGUUGGCACGGACGACCCCUCGCUCUACCGCAUCCCACCACCGCCCCCCAUGCACGAUGCCACAGAGAGCAGCCGUCAGCGCAGGCACCGCAGGGCCAGACACACUGCUGCCGCUGCUGUCGCGGCCGUGGAGAGCGACACGUCCCUGUCCAUCCCCUCCGUCGACCAUGAGGAGCUGGAGCGCUCCUUCAGUGGCUUCAGCAUCUCGCAGGCUCGCGAGGACGACUUCAUGCUCCCGGCCUCUGGCCUCGGGCUGUUCGGGGGCGUGGGGGGCACGUUCCGUGCCCGCCUCAGGCCCUACCUGGCGGAAGGAGAGUCAGACACGGACUCCGAUCUCAACACCCCGGGCGCUCCGUCCCCACUUUCCUGGGGAGAAGGGCAGUAUGGAGAGAGAGGCUGGAUGGGGAAGUAGACGUGAGAAAAUAAGAACUUGUUGUCAAAUGAAAGAAGGUGGUUUUGUCUGUCGUGUUAGACCAGGAGCCAUGCCAUUUUCCCACACUUCGUCUAGUCCGGCCCCAGGACAAGUAUCAGACGCAUCAGUCCACUGAUGAACUUUUACACAGAUUUAAAAAUCAGCCUUCGGUUCUCCUUUCAUUAGCUAAUGAAACCACAUCACUAAGCUUUAUUAAUGAAAGGCAGAUUCUGGCUGUUCUGUCGUAAUCAUCAUACUGUUCAUUUAAUUUAUUUGCAUUUAUCAAGCUGUGAAUACUAACCACUUGGUAGAGGAUAGUACCAAACAGAGGACCUGGGCCAAGGCAAACUUUUUGAAGCAGUUCAAAUGCAUAUGAAACACACUGGUAAUAAGGUCAACAACAAGGACAACACAAGUUAGAAUCAAACAGAGCAUUAAUAGUAUAGAUAAGAGCAAAUAAAUGAUGAUUGAUGGAAAUCACAAACACACAUAUCUGGUCAAGGCCGCGUUGUUUUUCCCAAUUCUACCAGAUCUAUUUCCCCUCGGUGGUGUUUUAUUCAUAGUCACAUUAAUUUAUUGAUUCACAUUAAACAUUCCCUACACAUAGUUUGCUCUGCACUAUGUGAGAUGUGGUUUGAUGACUUCACCACAGAGCUGGCGAUUCUAGGAGAUAUGAGGCAUUAGCAGGCUUCUGUCACAUGUCAACAGUCUGAAUGCUCCUAAAAUAUCUCAGGGUUUCAGAUUGUCAUGAUGAUUGUUACAUCUCAUCUUACUAAGCUACAACCAGAUUUCAAAUGAUCCAUAUCCAGGGCAAUUUGUGUCAAUUUGGAAAGAGUCAAAUUCAAUCAAAGUUCAAUUCUGUAAAAACAGUUAAAGUGAGAAAAUUUGAAGAUUAAUUUCAGGACGCAAUUUAAGGAGGCAUCUCUAAAAUGAUGUACAUUUUCAAAACAGAUUAUAGAUUCUCUGUGCUUCCUUGGCUCUUUUAGCCCCUAUUAAUCUAUAAAAGAUGUCCUCAAUAGGUAUUAUUUCAUAUCAUUGGCUUAGUGUCUGAUUUGGAGGGUUGUGUGUCUAAGGGGGAGAUCUUAUGUGGGCCUAAUGUCAGUUUAGUGUCUGACAUGAGAGGGCUGCAGAUAUGAUCACAUAAUACCCACAGUGGCUACUUCUCAUCACCACACCUUCUCCCAGACAAGCCUGAAGCUCAAAACUAAAUGUUUGUAUGAAUCUUCUGGCAUGGCUACUUAUGCUCUUAAUGAACUGGCACAUUUUACCUUAAUUUGCACAACUGACGCUACAUCUGUUCAGAGAUUAGAGCAUGGCACCUCUGAAUAGAUAAAGGCGAUUUCUGUGAAGAGAAGGGUUUGGUUAUUAGCUUUAUCUAAAUGUUUCUGCCUAUUUGCACAAUUUUAGAAUUAGGCCACAAAAAAUAAUGAAUGGUUUAUUCAUUUUUAUUUAAAUAAAUGAGAGGACGGUUGACUGUUUUGACGAUUCUCAGAGUGUACAUUUUUCACAAUUAUGACUGAUAGGACCCUAUCAUAACCUCCACAGGGCAAAUCUUUAAUUAUAUCUAUAAUGCAAGCAGUUAGUGAAACUACAGAUGUUCUGAUUUAGAUGCUUAAGGGUGUAUGGUCAUCUUUCUACACACAGUUCAUUGAAAUGUGUACGAACAUGUUGAAACUUCACCAAUGAGUAAUAUGGUUUGUCAGAGUUUAAUUUAUGCUACAAAUGUAACCCAGUAGGUGGCAGUAAUUUGCCAAAAUGUUGAUUUUGCCAGCCGCCAGAAAAUGUAAACACUUACAACAAAUAUUCAGUAGGCUACCUGCAGUAAAUGUCUGUACGGAAGGUUCCCAGCAUUACCAUUUGAAGUCUGAUUGGCAACCUUCAUAUUUCCCCAGAGUCAUAAAAUUAGCUUUAAAUCAAUUUCCAAUUUCUAUUCUCUUGGUUUUCAAAGAUAGAAUUAUUCUGAAUUUUUGAGUCAGGCAGUGUCAUGCUUUUAUGACUGGUUCUUUAAGAGACACACAGGCAAAGUCAGGUAAAUUGGGCCACUUUUUGUAGUUUUAGAUCAUCAUCAAACACCACUGAAAUGCACAUGGAGACAACCAAAAGUCCUGUUCACUUCUACAAUUCUGUAGAAGCACUGGAUGUCCCCUUCUGAGCCAAAAGGGUGCUUAUCAGGUCAAAUGGGCCAUUGAAAUUAAUCAGAAAUAUGCAUAAUUAUGCAUUCAUGCAUAAUAAAAUCAAAUAUUGUUUAUUGUAUCAAAUUUUUGUUGUUUAGUCUGAUACUUAAAAAUAACGUUUAUAAUACGUUUGUAUAUGCUUGCAUAGAUUAGGUGGUAUUAAUGGGUAUCAGGUGUUAUUAUUGUGUGUAGGUACAUGUCGAAAAGUGUUAAUAAAUGAGCGGUGACUGGCUGUUGAAUGUUGAAGAGCUAUGUCACUCCAACUUUAUACGACCCAUUUUACCUGCUGGUCCAUUUGACCUGACUUCACCCUAGUGGGGAGCAAUGGAGGCUACUUUUCAAAACCCUGUUUUCCAUGGACAUGUGCCACUUUAAAAUUAUGCCCUUUCAUUUCAGGUAACUAUUACGGUUCUGUUAAUUUAAGGCAUUAAGGCAACUUUUAUGAGAGCAUUUUAUUUACUUUUAAAAACGCUAACCACUCUGUGUUCUUUGUCAGAUUCUGACAUUAAUCUUAUUUUCCAGUAAUAAAUUCACCUUCUCUAUGCAUUACUUACAGAGACAAUGUCCAAUUUAAAUCCCAAGUUACAAUGAACAGUUCAACAGUCAAGGCCGAAUAUUUCUGCUGCUUUUUAAUGCAUUGUGUACCUACACAAUUAUAGUAUUUCACUACAUUUCUUUCACUGCACUGAAUCAAAGUAGCUAACUGCAUGGCAUGUGUGACUAACAUUAGAGGAUAAAAGUGCAAGUAAGGGAGAAGAUAAUUUCUCAUUAUCUCUUUAGAGAUAGCCAACGGUUCAUUCAAAUGUACUAAGACAGACUAUUUCCCCUCUCUGUCAGCUGCAGCCUACCUGUUCUGUGCUAGAACAAGCUUUGCACAAUGACUUGAUCAAUAUCCUGAUUUCUGGAUAUUGUUUUUUUUCUUUUCUUGGCUUGCAAAUUGAUCAUUUAGUUCAUCGCUUUUGCAAAGAAUGUACAACCAGCAAUGAAAGAAAUAGGUUGUAUGUACUUUGGUUAAGUUAUUUUGCACUCUUGCAUAUUCAAAGGUAGCAAAUAAAGAAAGAAAGGAGAAAAGCUCUUGAAUGUAACCUUAAUAAAACAACUGUUCACAAUA